AUGGUCCAUACUGGUGCCAAGUCCGUGGCGACAACUAGCACUGCCCGUGCCCCGAUCACCACUAUGGAUCAGGGUCAUGCAAAAGUUGAUACUGCUGGUCCUAGGGGACCUCGGAAGCCUGCGACCUUCCCUUGUGGAAAAGACGUUGCUGAUCGUCCAUCCGAUCCUACUCCCGAAGAGGAAAUCGCGACUGAAUCUCAGGACAGUGUCGAUGCUGCCGAUGCUGCGGAUGAAGAGAUCUCCCUGAAAUCGUUCUAUCUCCACGACGACGAGGAGGACGAGGAAAGUGAACUGGAUUUCUGGGCUUCUCACCCAACCGGCAAUCUCCGUCGCUCAGCUUCCUGCUUUCCUCUCGGUUCUCACCCUCGUGCUCUUUCUCCCGACAGUCUUCAUCGAUUCAACUGUUGGAAAUUCCGCAACCGCCUUGAACAAAACAACCGUCAGAUUGACCCUGCUUCUCCUUCUGAUCUUGUCAUCACCCACCUCCACUUCUCCUCCCCCUUCACCUUCCCCCAUCACCACGACACCCCCUCCGCAGGACCAGAGACCAUUCCCUUCGAUACACCUUUCAACAUGUAUCACUACCCUGUGGACCCUGUACUCUCAGCCCAGUACCCCCAAUGGAUGGCUGAGUACCACUCUCGUCCGCUUCAUCGUCUGUUGGAUCCAAGUGAGUGCCCGAUUGGCAACGAGGCUGAACUUCGCGCUGGCACUCAUAACGCCGUUGUUCUCAUUGAGGACAUUCCCUACACGGUCACCCGUCAAGAGGUAGUCCAGUUCUUCGGGCGUGAUGCCAACCUUGCUCAGGGCUGGCCUGUCCACAUCAUCAUGGAGCGGUCCACUGGCAAGACCAUGAAUUGCUAUGUCGAAUUCCCCCACCCUGUCGAUGCCCAAAAGGCCGUGAACCGCGUCAAGAGAAUGCACGACGCUAACCAGGGUCCCCGUAUGGGGAAUCGCUAUGUUGAUGUGAGCGUCAGCACCCAGGAAGACCUCCUGAAGGCUCUGUUCCCCCGGGCCAAGUGCAUUGAGUGGGUGAGCGGUCGUCCCGUGCAAGUUCCCAAGCGUGAAGACGAAGAAUGGUCGACUGGCUUUGUUGGAUUCUUGAACGACGAAGAGCUUUUCUGUGUGGCCCGCCACGCUCGCGAGCCAAACCGAAGUGCCUAUGCCAGCAAGGUCCCCCAGCGAACCUAUGAGUCGAUCAUCAGCACAAUACGGAAGUUCCCGUGGUACGUGACGGACAUGUACACCGUCCACGCGCGCAACAAGCUCUUCUACACCUUGAAGGGCAUGAUCGAGGCCCUGGUGGAGCGUCUGGGGGCCGAGCAGACCAUGGGACUGGACAGUCGCCUGGUGACCGAGCUGCUUCGCGCCGGUCUUGAAUGCCCUGCAUUCAACCCCCGCAUGAAGUAUGUCCUGGCAGAGUCCAGCGAAGAUCAGGGGAUCAUUCGCCGCAUGCACCCGGAGAUGCUGCCAUUUUUCCCCUUCGAUACUCUGACUUGGGUGCCGCCCAACGAUCCCAUCAAGUUGGAGUUUUACGCCGGGCUCAUUGCAAGGGGCCACCCCGACAUAAUCCCAGAGGGCAUGAAGCGCCUCUACUUCGGGGAGGAAUACCAAAAGCCCUACGGCGAUUGGUGGUUCGAGUGGUUCAGCGAACCGGCGUCUAACAAGCUGUUCUCUGUGGCCGCCGAUGAGGAGAAGCAGCUCCUGCGAAGCCUGCUCAUCUCUGGUUUUGCUGCCCUGCGUGCCGCAGCCUCGGGGCCUCCCAACCCCCCUCCCCCGCCUCCUGGUCCCGCCCGCGCUCCUUGCCGCGCACCUGUCCCUAUGCCUCGCGCUCCUGCGCCUGCCCCGGCCCCCGCUGGUCCUCCCCCCGCUGGUCCUGCCCCGCCUCGCGGUCCUCCGCCCGUGUUUGGCGCUGGCCCUAGCCGUCCCCCGGAUCCUUCCGGUACUCAUCCCUCCCAUGGUCCGUAUGGCUCAGGCAGCUGGCGUGGUGGCCCUUCCACUGGAGGAGGCCGCCGCCGCUUCCAGUAA